AUGUCGCUAAUACCGCUUCCAGAGUCCCUUGUACCAUUUCUCAAGGAGUAUUUACCCUCACAACGUACUGACAGACCUUUUGUAACUCUAACAUGGGCACAAUCGCUUGAUUCUCGUAUAGCAGCGGCGCCAGGUCUUCAGACCAAGAUCUCUCAUGCCGAAACGAAAACUAUGACCCAUUAUCUUCGAGCAAACCAUGAUUCUAUCUUAGUGGGUAUUGGAACAGUACUAGCAGAUGAUCCAAAACUCAAUUGUCGCUACGGCAACUCUCAUAUUCGACCGGUGGUAGUGGAUCCGCAUGGAAAGUGGGACUACUCAAAGUCCACGCUACAUAAAGUGUGUGCAGAAGGCAAAGGGCUAGCACCAUUCAUACUUGUCGGGGCACAAGUGUCACCAUCACUGGAAAACAAAACAAAUUUAAGUGCCCAAGGCGGACAAUUCAUAACCAUUGACUUCUCGCUAGAUCGUUCUUUGAAUUGGCAGCGCAUAUUGCACGUUUUGCACCAAAAAGACAUUGCCUCGGUUAUGAUUGAGGGAGGAGCAGACGUUAUCAACAGUUUGCUAAAAUCAGAUUUAGUGGAUAGCGUGAUUGUCACUGUGGGCCCUGUAUUUUUGGGCAAGGAUGGUGUUGAAGUUAGUCCUUCGGGAGGAGCAGAGUUGGUACAAGUCAAAUGGUGGACAGGUACUAAAGAUGUGGUCAUGGCAGCUAGACUACAGAAGGGAACAAGCUGA